AUGACUGGCCAACCCCUCGCCCUUCCGCCGGCGCUGUCACCAGACUCUCUUGAUGCUCUGUCAGAGCUGUCUCUCGUCGUUGCCAAAGUCCGUGCAGGCAUCCAAUCGUCCGCCUCAGACCCGCCUCCCACCGCUGCCGGCGGCCAAAUCUCUUUCAAAGAUCUCCCUGGCGCGACCGACGCCCUGAAACACAAGAUCCAAUCGGCGCGCUCACAGGUCAAGGCGCUUCCCGACAUGGACAGAACAAUAGAGCAACAGGCUGCUGAGAUUGGACGCCUCGAAGAGAAAAUAAAGUUGCAGAAAGACCUGCUAGAGCGGCUACGCGAAGAUGGCGCCAAGCUCGGCAAGGAUGUCGACAAGAUGGAGACAUAG